AUGAGUAAAUUCAACAGGCCUAUAUCAGCUAAUGAUUUAGCCAGGCCAGCAGGAAUAUCAACAAUGUUUCGUUUACCACAUCAAACGGAUGCAAAGGGUCUAGAUGUGUGUAUAACGGGGGCUUGUAUUGAUUCUGGUGCUUCUAAUAGAGCAGGUACUCGUCAUGGUCCCAGACAAAUCAGAUCAGAAUCUAGUUUAAUUCGAGAAGUCAACCCAGCCACAGGAGCAGAACCAUACGACUGUUUACAAGUAGCCGAUGUAGGUGACAUACCACUGUGUAUGUAUGAUUUACCAGAGGCUUGUAAACAAAUAAAAAAGCAUGUGGGUUCCCUGAUGAAAGAUGGUUGUAAAGUUAUAACCAUGGGCGGCGAUCACACUAUCUCUUAUCCACUAUUACAAGCAGUGAAGGAGAAGUAUGGACCGGUCGGUUUGAUUCAUUUGGAUGCUCACUCGGAUACCAGUGACACGAUGUUUGGUAAUAAAGUGGCUCAUGGUACACCGUUUAGACGAGCCGUUGAGGAUGGUUGUCUAGACUGUUCUAAAGUUUUUCAAAUUGGUAUCAGAGGUUCUGGUUACUCGCUACAAGAUUGUGAUUGGGCCAAACAACAGGGAUUUAAUAUAAUUCGUGCAGAAGAAUGUUGGUAUAAAUCAAUGGCGCCUUUGAUGGAAGAAAUCAGACGAACAAUGGGAGAUAACCCUGUAUAUAUUAGUUUUGAUAUUGAUGCUAUUGAUCCUGGAUUCUGUCCUGGAACAGGCACGUACAGAAUUUCUGGAACUCCGGAAAUUGGUGGAUUAACGACGAUACAAUGUUUAGAGAUAAUCCGUGGAUGUCGAGGAUUAAAUAUCGUAGGUGGCGAUAUGGUCGAGGUUUCUCCAGGCUAUGAUACGAGCGGAAACACAGCUUUAACGGCAGCAAACUUUAUAUUUGAAAUGUUAUGCGUCUUUCCCGGAGUAAAAUACUCACAACGAUAA